UUGGAGACACACAUCCCCGCACCCAGGCUUAAGGACGUGGCGCUGUCUUCCCCAGAGUGGGAGACGGUCUACAGAGAGUGCAUCGCACUCAUAAGAGACAUGUACCAGAAGGCGAGGCUGGUCCAUGCAGAUUUCAGCGAGUACAAUCUGGUUUACCACAACAGCAGGGUAUAUGUGAUUGAUGUGGGCCAGAGCAUGGACAUUUACCAGGAGAACUCCAACACGUUUCUGAUGAUGGAUAUAUGCAACUGCAACGAGUUCUUUGAAAAGAAGGGCGUGGUGGUCGACCAUGAGGUGGAGCUGUUUGAGGACAUCACUGGGCUGAGGAUGCCUGAGUAUUUGAAGGUGGAUGGGAGGCUGAAUAGAGAGUGCUUUGUGCCCACACGAAUCAUAGAGGUAGCCAAUAAGGAGGAUGUUGGGCUGUUUAUUGAGAACUACAAGGACGCCAGGGAUAGAGGACGGGCUGAGACAGAUGCGUCUGGGGGGUCCCCCGACAGAUGUAGAUGCCGCAGAGCAGACCUCUGA